AUGCCUAAAACAGGUAACACGAAAAUGAGGGUGGCAAUUGGUGUUCUUUCGUCGACUACAAUCGUUGUCGGAACUUGUCAGUCAAUUCCAUUUGCGCAGUACGUCCCCUUUUCUCUCAAACUUAUAACAGACUCAAAAACAUACAAAUUUUGGUGCGCCCCAUACCUCCAUUACCAGGUCUUUGUUCUCACACUGGGUUGGCUUUUUAACACUGUACUCGUUAUCGCAGACUUUAUUUUCGUCAUGUUUCCAAGACCUUCGUCAAUUAAAAUGGUUUUGUUUUCAAUGCUCUUUGCAUCAAUUUUGCUCUCAUUUGGGGUCUAUGACAUUAUACAUUGGAAAUCAAUUGACAGUUUUUGCAAAGAAAUAGUGCCAACUUUGCACUACGACAGCGCUGUCAAAAAUAUUAGUUGCAACAGCAAUUUAUAUCUAUCACUUGGAAUACUCGAACUUGUUGUCAGCGCGCUUUGCUUUGUGAAUCACACGGUUCUAGGAAUCUUUUGGCAUUUUUUCAAAAGCAAACCCGUAUUUGAUAUGCUCAACCAAUGA